ACAGUGCGCGGAGCGCCGCGUACGGAACCGCGGGGAGCAGCGCGCGCCGCACCGCACCGCACCGCAGUCAGCACCGCACGGACCGGAGCCGCGCAGCGCCCCGCGAUGCCCCGCGGAGCCCCUCCGGGACGCGCCUGAGCCGGGGGCGGCCGCCGGGGCCGCAGCGCAUGGACGCGGCCGCCCCCCCCGCGCCGCGCUCCGCACUCAGGAGCCCCCCCCGGCGCGGGGCAGCGCGCAGCGCUUUGUUGGGAGCGGCCGCGGCGCCGUAGCGUUGUUGGGAGCGGCGCCGCCGGGAGCGCAGUUGGGGCGCGGGCGGCUCUUCGCUUUGUCAUUUAUUUUUCGGGUUUUUUUUUUUUUAAUUUAAUUAUUUGGGGUUUUUAAAUUUUUUUUCUUUGUAUCUCUCGGGAUUUUUUUUUUUCAAUUUUUUUAUCGGCUUUUUCCUUUUCGGGCGGAUUUCAUUUUUUGGUGUUUUUUUUAAUUUUUUUUUAAUUUUUAUUUUGUUUCUCUCGUUUUUCACUUCUCGGAAUUUCCGCCGCCCGCCCUUCGAUUCCUCUGCUUUUGUUAUCCUCAGUUGUUCCUUUUCCUUUUCCCCCCUUUCUGUGGUUUCUGUUGUUUUUCUUUAUUAUUAUUCCUUUCUUUCUUUUUUUUUUCCUCCCCCCAUCUCCGCUCCUCCCGUCCCGAACUCCUUCCGGGUGGGCGGGGGGGGACGACGCACCGUCCUCUUUCCCCCCCCCCCCUCCCCGGACCCCCCUCCCCCCUCCGCUCUUUGUUCUGCCGCCGGCCCCCCCCGGCCAUGUACCCGCAGGGUCGGCACCCGGCCCCCCACCAGCCGGGCCAACCGGGCUUCAAAUUCACCGUGGCCGAAUCGUGCGAUCGGAUCAAGGACGAGUUUCAGUUCCUGCAGGCGCAGUACCACAGCCUGAAAGUGGAGUACGACAAGCUGGCCAACGAGAAGACCGAGAUGCAGCGCCAUUACGUGAUGUACUACGAAAUGUCCUACGGGCUCAACAUCGAGAUGCACAAACAGACAGAAAUUGCUAAAAGGCUGAAUACCAUUUUAGCACAGAUUAUGCCUUUUCUGUCACAAGAGCACCAACAGCAAGUUGCACAGGCUGUUGAACGUGCCAAGCAAGUGACAAUGACGGAGUUGAAUGCUAUCAUCGGGGUACGUGGACUUCCCAAUCUGCCUCUCACCCAGCAGCAGCUCCAGGCGCAGCACCUCUCCCACGCCGCCCAUGGGCCCCCGGUCCAGCUGCCUCCGCACCCCUCCGGCCUGCAGCCCCCCGGCAUCCCACCCGUCACCGGCAGCAGUUCGGGGCUGCUGGCGCUCGGUGCGUUGGGCAGCCAGGCACACCUGGCCGUCAAGGAUGAGAAGAACCACCAUGACCUGGACCACAGAGAGCGGGACUCGAGCGCGAAUAACUCCGUUUCGCCCUCGGAAAGCCUGAGAGCCAGCGAGAAGCACCGGAGCUCCACAGACUACAGCAUUGACUCCAAAAAGCGGAAAGCAGAGGAGAAGGACAGCAUGAGCCGAUAUGACAGCGAUGGUGACAAAAGCGAUGACCUCGUCGUUGAUGUCUCCAACGAGGACCCCGCCACCCCCCGGGUCAGCCCGGCCCACUCCCCACCAGAGAAUGGCCUGGACAAAGCCCGUGGGCUGAAGAAGGGGGAUGCACCCAACAGCCCGGCCUCGGUCGCCUCCUCCAGCAGCACUCCCUCCUCCAAGACUAAAGACUUGGGCCACGUAUGUGCCAUGCUGUGCCCUGCCACAGGGCUCUCCAAAACCCUCCUGGCAGCUGGACUUCACUCUUUACAUUUUAUUUUUUUGGUUUUUUUCUGCAUCCAGAACGACAAAUCAUCAACGCCCGGACUCAAGUCCAACACUCCCACACCGAGGAACGAUGCCCCAACCCCAGGGACGAGCAGCACCCCGGGGCUGAGGCCGAUGCCCGGCAAGCCAAGCGGCAUGGACCCACUGGCCUCAGCCCUGCGGACACCCAUCUCCAUCGCGGGUUCCUACGCAGCCCCGUUUGCCAUGAUGGGGCACCACGAGAUGAACGGCUCUCUGACCAGCCCUGGUGCCUAUGCUGGCCUGCACAACAUCCCCCCGCAGAUGAGUGCUGCCGCCGCCGCCGCUGCUGCCUAUGGCCGGUCGCCAAUGGUUGGCUUUGACCCACACCCACCCAUGCGGGCCCCUGGCCUGCCCACCAGCCUGGCAUCCAUCCCUGGAGGGAAGCCAGCUUACUCGUUUCACGUCAGUGCUGAUGGGCAGAUGCAGCCGGUCCCCUUUCCCCACGACGCCCUGGCUGGCCCCGGCAUCCCCCGGCACGCGCGGCAGAUCAACACGCUGAGCCACGGUGAGGUGGUGUGCGCCGUCACCAUCAGCAACCCCACCCGGCACGUGUACACAGGUGGAAAAGGCUGUGUGAAGAUCUGGGACAUCAGCCAGCCUGGCAGCAAGAGCCCCAUCUCUCAGCUGGACUGCCUGAACAGGGAUAACUACAUCCGCUCCUGCAAGCUGCUCCCCGACGGCCGCACGCUGAUCGUUGGGGGGGAGGCCAGCACGCUCACCAUCUGGGACCUGGCCUCCCCCACGCCCCGCAUCAAGGCUGAGCUCACCUCCUCGGCGCCCGCCUGCUACGCGUUGGCCAUCAGCCCCGACGCCAAAGUCUGCUUCUCCUGCUGCAGCGACGGCAACAUCGCCGUGUGGGACCUGCACAACCAGACCCUGGUCAGGCAAUUCCAAGGCCACACAGACGGUGCCAGCUGCAUAGACAUCUCACACGAUGGUACGAAGCUGUGGACGGGGGGGCUGGACAACACGGUGCGCUCCUGGGACCUGCGGGAAGGGCGGCAGCUGCAGCAGCACGACUUCACCUCCCAGAUCUUCUCGCUGGGGUACUGCCCCACGGGAGAGUGGCUAGCGGUGGGCAUGGAGAGCAGCAACGUGGAAGUGCUGCACCACACCAAGCCGGACAAGUACCAGCUGCACCUGCACGAGAGCUGCGUCCUGUCCCUCAAGUUCGCCUACUGCGGUAAAUGGUUCGUGAGCACGGGGAAGGACAACCUGCUCAACGCAUGGAGGACGCCCUACGGGGCAAGCAUCUUCCAGUCCAAGGAAUCCUCGUCGGUCUUAAGCUGCGACAUUUCAGCGGAUGACAAAUACAUCGUCACGGGCUCUGGGGACAAGAAGGCCACAGUCUACGAGGUCAUCUACUGAGGGGACGCAGUGGCGGUGCCGCAGGCUCGGCGCUGGAGCGGCGCUCGGGGCAGCACUGGGCUGGGAUCUCUCGCUGGAGCUGCACCUCCGUGCCCGCCCGGCACCCACACGGAUGUACCUGGAGGUCUGCAGACAUGGCACACACACACACGUCGGAGCCCUGAACGAAUUCUUGGUUUGGUUUUAGGGUUUGGGGCUGUUGGUUUUUUUUUUUUCCCCAUUUUUUUGGUCUUUUUUUUUUUUGGUCUCCCGGUUCUCUCCGUCUGCGCUUUGGUGGCACUCUAAAGGACUUCUUUUUUUACCGUGACUUCUUUUUUUUUUUUCCUUUUGGUGCAUCCCACAUUAAGACUUGUGAAAAAUGUAAAUACCGGACUAGUACAUAGCAUGGGAAGGGUGGGGGACCCUCCCGGUACACUAGGUGUGUAUUUUCGUCUGCUGUAAUUGUAUUCCACUGAUGGUUUUGGUGGUGGCAAUUUUUCUUAUUAUUUUUCCCCCCUCCCCGCUCCCCCCCCGUCCCCCCCCCCCCUCUCCCAAUGCAUCUAUUUGGGAUGCAACCUGGACUGAGCAAAGCGUCCUCUUGGUGAAGUCGUCCCUCCCGUCGUCCCCGUGCGUUGGUGGCUGUUGUGUGUGCGGACGCUGUCGGGGCUGUGCUGAGCUCUGUCGGAUCCCCGGCUGCUGCCGGACGUCGGCGACACAAUCACCUUUUUUUAUAUGGAUUUUUUUUUGUUGUGCUCGUAUGUUUGAAGAGAAAAGGGGAAGCCCACGAUCCGGGAAUCAUCCGCUCGAACCCUUCUUGGUCUUCGGACAUAAAGCAACGAGGAGUGAUUUCAAAGAAAGCAUAGUAAAAUUCAGCUCAGGGAGCCACGAAAGAUAAUAGCAACUUAAUGUGUUUUGUAUUCAAAUGAAAGUAAAGAAUUAGAAUUGAUAACCUUUAAAAUACAGUUUUUUUAAAGCAAA